UGUCUGGGCUGCACUGACGACGUCACACAGACGCUUGCGCAUCCGACCGUCGCGUCGGUGUAAGUGCGCUUGAUAUCGGGCGGAAAAUAAUACAACAGCAGCAGUUUUUUUUUUCAGGCUCCAAGUUGGCAGGAAACAAGGCCUUGAAAAGAAAACAAAGAAAUUCCGAGGCGAUGAGUCCAGCGCCCUGCUAGCUUUCUGGGCCUGACAACCUAUCAGCACCAAAGCCGAAGCCGGCGCAACCCCCACGCGCCAGCCCACCGCCAUGCCUUCCUUCUUCUCGUUCCAACAAGGCGACGAGGAGUCGGCGCGCUACAACCCGGACGCGUCGCCGCUCCUCGGCCGCUUCCGCGCCGUGCCCCGCCUAGACCAGCACCACCUCCACUCCUCCUCGCGCCCGCACCACCACCAGGGCGGGCGCCGCCCGGCCGGCAGCCUCCUCUCCGCGGCCAACGCCCGCAACAGCGUGCACGUCGGCUACGGCGCGCUGCUGGCCGCGGAGCUCGAUGCCGAGGGCGGCGGCAGCGGCGACGGCGACAACGACGAUGACGACUACUACUACGGCGACGACGACCACCACGCCCAGGGGCUCCUGACCGGCGCCGCCCGCAGGGCCUGGCGCACCCUGGACGAGCUGUGGAUCACGCCGCGGCCGGCGGCCGUCCGCAGGGUCGUGGACAAGUGGUGGAGCCGCUGGGCGCUGCUCGUGGUGCUGCCCGCGUCCCUGGCCGUCGGCUGGUGCGCCCUCCCGUUCCCGCAGUACCCGCUGCCGGGGGUACCGGGGGCGCCGGACGGCCCGGGUACGCCGCCCCGUAAGCGGCCCGGCCACGGGGCGGCGAGGGUGCAGGUUAACUUUUGGUUCUUUUUGUUUGUGUUUUACGGGUUCUACAACCUGACCGCGCUAGUCUGGAUCACAAAGGUGUUUAACCUAUACAGCCUGAACUGGUGGCCCAAAACCCUAGGGUUCCCCAUCACCAUAACUCUGAUCGGCAUACUCUCCAUAAUGGCCCCGAUCCCCGUCUACCUGCUGCCCGAGACGCGCUGGAUCACCAUGCACAACACGGCCUGGAUCUCGUGGACCUUUUGCCUCAUGGCCAUGCCCGUCGCCAUCGCCUUCAUCAUCCUCACCACCAACGAGCGCCAUCUCGGCCUGCGCAACUCGCUGUCCGAGACCCAGCGCAUCUUUACGUCGUCGUGGUGGACCGGCGAGGCCGACUUGCUGUCGUCGUCCUCCUCCCCGCGGCGGGACCAGCGCCGGCGGCCGGGUCUGCAGCGCGACUCGUUCGACCUGGGCGCCGACGCGCUGCAGCAGGUCCCGUCGUCGCAGUCGCGGACCCGCCGCCCGGGGGCGACGUCGCUGCCGGUGCGGCUCCGCCGGCGCUGGCUCCCCGCGAGCUUCGUGCGGUUCGUGUGGUUCUGCGUCGCCCUGCUCAUCGGGCUGCUCGCCUACGUGCUCGGGGAGGCCUACGCCGAGAUCUACCUGCGCACGCUGCCGCACAACAACCUCGAGACCAUCGUCUACGUCUACGGCUGGGUCGUCACCGUCUACCUGCUCGACGGGCUCACCGGCUGGAUCCUGGGGGGCAACGAGGGCGAGAGGGUCGGGUCGUAUCCCCUGAGCUGGGUUUUCAAACUGUACUUUAUGCUCACGUACCAGACCUACGUGCGCGCGCUGUACGCCCGGCUGCGCUCGCCGUCGCAGUUCGUGCUUCUGCAGGUCAUCUCGUCGACGACGCUGAUCGUGCUCACGCCGCUGACGCUGUCGGCCACCUUCCACUGGCUGCUCACCGUCCUGGGCCUCAACGGGCAGAGCUACGGCGCGUACCAGAAGCUCGGCGUGCGCAACGUCUUUAUCCGCUUCGUGGCCGAGAACGCGUCCAUGAUGGCCUUCCUGGCCUCGGUCGCCAUCCUGCACUUUGGCCCAAACCGGGAGGUGUACCCUUACUUUUCCUUCGACGACGACGACAACGACGACGACGACGGCGGCUACAACUUUGCCCUGACGCUCAGCGCCUCGAGCGUCACGUGGGCCUGCGAGCUGACGGCGUCCUUUGUCGUCGCCGGCCUCAUCCGCCUCUUCUACGGCGUCAGCGUCGUCGUCGAGGGCAAGCUCGACCUGGCCGUCUGGCCCGAGCUGCUGCCCACCAGCGUGGCCGUCGUGCUGCACGUGCUGCAGAAUAUGUUCUUCUCCAUCAUCCGCCUGCAGUUCCCCGGCGCCGGCGGCGUCGGGGCCACCGUCGCGUCGCUUGUGCUGUGAGCUGCUGAAGGUUUUUUUUGCUCUCCCCCGAUCGGUUGACUUGCGAGGAGUUAUAGUCUGUUUUUACACAUCAUCGCGACGUUUGUGGCUUUCCUCUUGCUCACACUGCACCCUUCCUGAUACCCAACGCCGUCUCCUAAUCGCCACGAUACCCAUAUACCCAACCGUUGUUGCCGAUAACGAUAAAGAUACUGAAAUAACUCCAUGCAUCUAAUUUAAACGCCGCCGAAAUAUGCACCUGGAAUCAAAACAAUCGAAACCACUUGCAGAAGCACCCAGAAUUUCCCGUGCAGCGAGUCGCCAGCCAGCGCGGGCAGUCUCUCGGAAAGCCGCAUGAUAACAAGUAGACCGGGUUCUUGGGCCGGGCGAGACACGCG